ACGUUUUGGACCUGCUGCAUGCGACACAGCUCCUCGAGUUUGUAGCUAACGUGACUGAACUAAAAGCAAAAUUAUCCCGCGUCUUGUUCUUCCUUUUAUAUCGAGGAGACAAAAAAUAGUCCUCCGUGAAGCAUUUCGCCGAGAGGGCCGGAAUACUAGAAAAACAACUUUAAUUCACAAUGACUGAAGCUCCAGUGAACCCUAAGGCCUACCCGCUGGCCGACGCCACGCUGACCAAAACCAUCCUGGACCUGGUGCAGCAAGCUUCAAACUACAAGCAGCUCAGGAAAGGAGCUAAUGAAGCUACAAAAACCCUGAACAGAGGCAUCUCUGAGUUUAUUGUGAUGGCUGCUGAUGCUGAACCACUGGAGAUUAUCCUCCACCUGCCAUUGCUCUGCGAGGACAAGAACGUCCCAUACGUGUUUGUCCGCUCCAAGCAGGCCCUGGGCAGGGCCUGUGGGGUGUCUCGCCCCGUCAUCGCUACCUCAGUUACUAUAAAGGAGGGAUCUCAACUCAAACCGCAGAUCCAGUCUGUCCAAAUGGCUAUUGAGAGACUGCUCGUGUAAUUUUUUUUGUUUUGUUGCACUGUUGUGGCAAUGUCUUCUUUGAAGAAAGAUGAAGACAAAUUCCAGAGCAUGAAUAAUGUUUGAUUAGAAACAUUUGUUGUGCAUUACAAGGAAAUGUAUCUUUUUUUAUUUUUUAGGACAGUGAGUCCACUUCAGUGUAUCAGUUUGCCAUGGCAUCACCUGAUUCAUAAUAAAACAUUUUUUAU